AAGGACGACCGCUCUCGUUUCUGGGCGGCAUACAAAAGAGUCGCCGAGGAACAUGACGACGAGUUCCUUGAGCGAUACAACGGCGACAUGGACAUUGUGUUAAUCUUCUCUGGUCUGUUCUCCGCCGUCAGCACGGCUUUUAUCGUGGCUAUGGAGUCGAAUCUCAGUCCAGACUCCGACGACACCACACAUGCCCUUCUCACCCAGCUCGUCCAAAUCGGACUCGGCAACUUCACUGCAGCGGGGCCUACACCAGCAACGCCAGCGUCUAACUGGUCGCCGUCCACAGCCAAUAUAAGGAUCCAAUUGAUCGCAUACGCAAGCUUGUCCAUGAGUUUGCUUGCUGCGUUUGGUGCCGUGCUAGGCAAGCAGUGG